GUUGCUUGAAUCAAUCAGGGAUGUGCUGUGUUCGAGAUUGUUCCGCCUUUGUAGUUUCGUGACAGGUUCGAGCCGUACUACUAGGCAUAAAGUUUGUUCGUGCAAUCAUACUAUAUCGUCUCUCUACUCCAAUCAUGGGUGAAAUAGAAGCCAGGAUAGACUUUUCAAAACUGAAAUGCUUUCCAGAAACAGGCACCCAAAAUAACAAUAAUAAAAUCAUUUCUAAAGCGUUCCUUGAAUCAGCUUAUCAAGUAGUUGAAAGUAUAGAAUCAUUCGGAAAACUAUUCACGCCUAUAGUGAAGGAUAUGCGCGGCAAUGUGAAGCGGCUGGAGACAAAAUACAAGGUAAACGAACAAACAUUCUACUACCUAGAAGACCUGGUCCUGUUAGACAAAGAUGGAAAUGAAAAUAUCUUCGACGCGGUUACAGAAGGACUGUUGUGGCUCAAACGUGCUCUGGAAAUGAUUGAAAUAUUCUUCAGAAAUAUGCUUGAGGAUGAGAGCUGCAGUGAUAACGUAAAACACCACCUCAGGAAAGCCUACGAAGACGCUUUGCUACCUUAUCAUGGCUUCUUGGCACAAAAAGGAUUUCAGUUUCUGCACCAUUGCGUUCCUACGAGAACGACACUUCUAGGCCCAUCGGAAAGCAAUCGACAAAACGUGGAAGCUUUGAAAAACUUUCUUGUCACAUUCCGUGCGAAUCUUGAUCACUUGAACAACUUUUUCGAAGUUAAUAAUUUAAACAGAACCUACAAAGUCUAAUGGUAGAUUAUUUUAUUGCUCUAUAGUAAAAAUAAUCAGUCACUAAUAACAGAAAUGUUGCUCCCCGGUCGACGUUCCAUAUCAAACAAAGCUUUCUCGUUCUGAAAUUGUUCGCGGCGGAACCGGGAUGCCCUACGAAUGGCAGUAAAACUCGAAGCAAUCUGUAGAAAUAGCAAAAGACACUGAAUUGCUUGGGACAUAGUGCUGGUUUUGUAUUUCAAAAUUUGUUCACUAGUCAUAAGAUAUAUUUGCAGAGGGGUCUGUAUAAAAACCGACAGUAUCCAAAAGCCAGCAAAAUCAGGAAUCUGCAAUGAUGGAUAAAUGAAAGCGAAUACUUCGUGAAAACAGCAACACCAUUUACCUUAUCCAGCAGAUUUCCUGAAUAUCCUAAGUACAACCGUAGACAUUCGACUGGAGCAGCUAUGAUUAAAGACAAUACCGAUAAAACACGGUGAAUAGUUGAUAAGUUCCAGUACUAAAAAUAAAUGUAUACGAUUCGAAUAAUCUUUC